UACCUGCCACGAGACCCGCGCCCUGCAUAUCACCUCCAUCAUAUGCACGCUAACAUGGACUGCAACUGGGAACUGCCUACUCUGAGGGGCACAGCCCAAAACAAGUCUAGGCUUAGCUCCACCCAGUUCUACGAUGUAAAUUUCUAUCCCUAUACCGCUCCCGGUCUCGAUCCUGUUUUCGCCGUAUGCGGAGGUCCAUUUGUAUGUAUCACCCUGUGCAUAUUGGGCAAGAACAGCACCGUCGAAAUUCUGCGGUGGUUCCAAGACGAAGAGAACACCACAGAACACGGUACACCCGACGACAAGCAGCUCAAUUACAACAGCGUCGUUUGGUCCCAGGCUGAAAAUGGUGACCCUCUUGUGUGCGUAACAGGCGACUCUCGCAUCAAGAUUCUGAACGUCCGAACGGGGAAGCUCGCAACAACGCUGAUAGGUCAUGGCGACUCUGUCAACGACCUUGCCAUAUCCCCAGUAGACCCCACUAUUCUCGCAUCUGUGAGCAUUGACCAUAGUCUCCGGAUAUGGAGCUUACAUCCGUCGCACGAGAAGCAGCCCCUCGGAGCCAUCUGUUAUGGGCAAGGCCACAAGGACCAGGUGCUGACGCUUGCAUACCAUCCCAAAGGACGGUACAUCCUAACGGCAGGUAUGGACACUAGGAUCAAUCUGUGGGCCGUACCCGAUGAUCUCGACAAGCACGCUGGAACCGACAAGCCAGCCAUAGUGCACUAUCCGCAUUUCUCUACCACUGAGAUCCAUACCGACUUCGUUGACUGUGUCCAAUGGUACGGUGAUUUGAUCCUAAGCCAUGCGUGUCGCGAGAACAAGAUCAUACUCUGGAGUAUUGACGAGUUCAAUUCCGACCGUUCGACAGUCCCUUCCGCUCCGAUUCCCUCCUCGAGCGCAGUUCACAGUAGAACCCCAGUUACUAUUCCAGCAAACUCUACUUCAAGUACUCGGUCAGCAUGGGGCGGACGCUUCCAAAGGCUUUUACAGUUCGAACUGCCACAUACUAAUCAAUUCUACAUACGAUUUUCCGUUUUCCACGAGCUUGGCCGACACCCGAUCUUGGUCGCAGGCAACGAGAAAAGCAAGACCUUCUUUUGGGAUCUACAACGUCUAGAGAAUUCUGGCACCGGAGAAGAUGGCUCUCAGAGCACAAAAGGUUUACCACCAGCUCUACCCAGGCACGUGCGAGAAGGAAGUUCUGCAUCCACUGCAUCAUCUGCUAUCAGUGCUGGCUCGGGUAACACUAAGGCCAAACAACAGAAGCUAAAAGAACAACCUCGGGAUCGAGGUGUAUCCGAUCCUUUUCGUUCAGUAAAAGCUCACAAAAUCGUCGAGACUCCGAAGUACAAAGCUUUCGCAUUCCGCCACUUCGCCUGGAGCCGUGACGGUCAGUGGUGUGUCGGCGUCGGUGACUGUGGUACCAUCAACAUUUUCAACCGUUGGGGAGAGAGCGGUGUUCCUCCAAUCGACCCAGAUAAAGAGAUACCCAUGCAAGAUGAUGACCCAAAGAUUAGUUAUCACUUCCAUUGGCUCGCAUUGGUUACAAAAGCAACUUUCACCAGAACCGGCAUCUCUUUCCAUGCUAACGCACACCACUACUACAACUACCGCUACUACUACAACCACCACAUCACUGGAGUACAUUACUUUCACCAUAUCAACAAGCUCACAGCCCGCACAAUUCGAUAUCUCUAUUUCUUAUGGACACAAAGGCUGGACGCGCUAUCUUAA